AAGUGGAGGAGCGGCUGUGCACCGGUUGUGACCUGUUUGUUGUUUUUGCAGACAUGUCUCCUGUAAACCUCGUGAUUUUUCUUCUCUGUGGACCUGUCAUUGGUCAGAUACCUCUGCUUAAUGCCACUGUCGGAGGCUCCGUCCUGAUUGGCUGCUCCCUACCAGUUCAUCAGCUACUUAUUAGAUGGUUUUACUGGCAGGAGGACCAGUCUGAAAACAUUUUGUUUCACUCGGACACUAAUAUGACAAUGCAGCCAAUAGCUGACAGAUACACGAACAGGUGUGAAGCCUUCAAUACUGAGUUCAGUUCUGGAAACAUAUCUGUUAUACUUCACAAUGUUUCUGUUGGAGAUGACCAGAAAACGUUCUGGGCCUAUGUUGGUUUCUAUGAUGUGCAGAAAAAAGUAAAAAAAUGGCCUGAACAAUGGUGUAAAUCCAAAUUGCGGGUUUCAGCUCCAUACCAAGAUCUUGUCCUGACAGUUAGCAAGGCAACAAACAAUGCAACCUGCACAGCACAUGGAGGAUACCCUGAACCUCAAGUGUCAUGGACAGGUGUAAACAGAUCCAGCACUGCACAGCUGGAGGGUGCUGAGCUGUCCCUGCUGCAGGACCCAACAAAGAGAACCUUCAAUGUGACCAGCUCUGUCAGUGUAAAGGGGUUACAGUCUGUAACCUGCCUCAUCUCUAACCCCGACUCCAACGAGAGCAUACAGAGUACCACAGAGAUCGAUGCCCCAGGCUGCACCACUCGCGGAGCGUCAUGUUUCCAUGAAUCCCGAGUCCCGACCAGAAAAAGAAGUGCUGGGAAGGCAGAGGAGAUGCCAAAGCAUGUGAAGGAACUUUAUCGAGCCAGGGUCACAGCCUUCCCACAGGAGAUGAUGAGAGGAAAUAUUUCAGUCAAACUUGGAAAAGUAACACUUGAAGAUGACCAAAGGUUUUUCCAGGCUUUUGCGACACUUGUUGAUCGCGAUGGGAGGAGUAUACGCAGUGAUCCAUAUGAACCUAUCUGCCAGAUGACUUUACAUGUUGCAGUUUCUUACCAGGAUGUCAGUCUGGCUGUGAGUGAGGAAACAAUGACUGCUGUCUGCACUGCACAAAGAGGAUUCCCUAAGCCUCUGAUAGAAUGGAGACUUCAGAACCCCUCUGAUAACUCCCAGCACUUUUUAAAUCCAAAGGAUGUGAACACUUCAGCAGUGCAGGACCCUCAAAAUCACCUCUACAGUCUCAGAAGCACUAUAGAUAUCCCUGCAGGUCGAUAUCGAUCUGUGACCUGCCUCAUCCACAACCCUACCAUAAAUGUGACUUUGCUUGCCACACAUCUUUUAAAUAAGGGUGAAGCAGAGAGGAGCCUCCCCGGCUGGGCUACAGCUCUGAUCGCUGCUGCUGCUGUAGCUUGUUUUCAUCUUUCUUCAUCUCAUUCUUAUGCAGCAGUUGCAUAGCACGUCAAGUAGAGUGGAGCCUUCCCUUGUUGCCGUGGGUAGAUGAGCGGACCGUGUGUUUCACAACAGAAGUGGAGGAGAACCGGGAUCCUGGACUGAUGAGAGCCGUGUAUUGUGCCUGGAGUGUGUGUGUGUGUACAUGAACUGUGAGCCUCUGAGUGAGCGGCAGUAGGAAAAAAAAAGAUAAAAGAGGGAAAGAAAUGUUCAGCUGUUUUGCUUCAUGUUAAUACUGAGAAAUGUAUUUAGUUCAUUGAAUUUACAGUAAAAAGUGGUUAAAGUAAUUAUUAAGAAGCUGUGUUACAAAGUAUAUGCACAAAAUUGUGUGUUUAUAUGUAUUUAUUUAAAUUUAAAAGUAUAUUUUGUUUAUGGGAACAACACUGUAACCCUGUUUUUGGCCUUUAUAGGCCGGGUCUUUUUCUUUCCGUUCCCUUGUAUGGAUUCCUGUGUUGAUCUGCAAGACAUCUUCUUCUACUGGGGAUUCUUCCUGUGUCUGUAAAGGUAGAACGGGACCUCAGUAGUUGUGGCGAGCCACCCCCCAAAAAAAACAGAGACUGGAAUUUACACAGGGACUGUGAUUUAUUUAAAAAAAAAAAAAGACUGAUUUAUUGAGGACUGUGGUUGAUACUUCAUGUCUGAAGAGCUGAAAAGCUAAAAAUUGUUUUUUUUAUUUUAUUUAUUUUUUCCUACAACUUCAUUUCUUAUUCAAUACAAUACAACACACUUAAAAACUUACCUUUGAUGCGUGUGAGGUUCUUUACUCGGUCACUCAUUGCAUUUUGCCAAUACACCCUUUCUCCUGUAGCGACCUAAACUUCUGACUACUGGUCCACAAGGUGAUUGAUGCACUAAUGAAAUAAAUAUCUGUAUCUCCCAGUCUUUUACCAUUAGCAGUUAGAGCUGAGGCAGGUUACACAUGCGUAUAUUGAUAGUGGAGGCAUGGCUCAUAAUAAUGGCAGUAGAAGGUUGCGUCAAGCACAUUCAUGGCAUCGGCGCAACCAGGACCCACAACACAGGUGUAGCUUCAGAUAGGACCACAGUAAUGGCAAAUGGCCAUGUCCUCUAGCAUGGUCAUUCCUAGCCAGUUCUCAUUUAAAUACCGCUACUUUUGGGGAGCCCGGUAGCUUGUCUGGCUGAGGGGCUGUGUCCUUGCCGCAACAGGUUCGAUUCUUGCCCUUUGCUGUGUGUCUUCUCCUUUCUCUCU